AUGACAGGCACCUCCACCCCCACAACGGUGGUGCGACUUCUACCCUUUGCGACCUGCCUCUGGUUCGCCGUGUGCAGCACCGGAGCCGGCAAAGCCCACGCCGAAGAAGUAAGAUUGACCAACGAAACCACAGCAGCACCGCCCGAGAGGUCGCCGUCUUUGAGAUUUAACGGCGCCGUCAUACCCAUCACCGCGGGGGACCCAUCAUGCGGACCGAGCGCGCUGUACAACAGGACCAUAGACUAUUCGCGCUAUGAAUACGGGUGUCCAGAGAUUGAGGCGAUGAUGGUGGGGCCGAAGCACUACAUCGCCGGCGGUAACAGCCGGGAUGUUUUUCUGGUGGACUACGAGGGCCACAAGCUCGUCCUCAAGACCACCAAGCAUGAAAGCGCACAUCUCUCCACACGGCACGCCAUGGAAGCCAUCGCUCUGGAUGUGGUGAUAGGUGCGCCCUACAUCGCGCCGACACUGGGUGUUUGCGGUACGGCUUCCGUCCAACCCUUCUUCGCAGGGGGGACCGUGGAGGGCCUCGUUUUCGAGGGGGCUUGGACGGGAGUCCCGAUAGAGAUGCCUGUCGUCUUGCAGAUGUCGCUCGACGCCAUGAGGGGUCUGCAGGUGCUGCACGAGGCCCCGGGCGGCCCGAUCAUUCACAACGCGAUCAGGCCGGAGCAGCUCCUCCGCUACGCCAACGGCACCGUCGUCGUGAGUGACCUAAACUCUUGCAAUUUCAUGGGGGUAACGCCGAGCGGGGAGGCCUGCCCGACGAGAUCAGACAUCAGCCACAACGCCCGAUGGAACGCACCGGAGUUCUACGCAGACGGACAGGGCUACACCGAGAUGGUCGAUAUCUACUCCAUGGCGAUAGUCUUCUGGCAGCUCGUGUCCCUCAGGACUGUCCCGUUCGAAAGCAAACACCGUCGCGACAUUCCUGAUCUGGUGGCCUCCCACCAGAGGCCUUUCGUCGACCCCUCAUGGGACCCACACUACGCACAGCUGUUGCAGGACAUGUGGAGAACAGACCCCGAGAUGAGGCCAUCCGCGAGACAAGUUGUUGCACGUCUCGAAGAGAUGCUGCAGUGA